AUCUCACCGUCACUGCUGCUUCGUCGAGAGUCUCCUCCGAUGGCGCCCUCAGAGAUCUCGCUCAGAAGUUUGCGCACUAGCUGCAAGUCUCUCGCCGCCUGUUCCAGCGAGCGCAGCGGUGGCGUCUCUGCCACCUAUUCCUCUCGACCAACCAGUACGAGCCCGCCCUUGUCCGUUCUCCCGCCGCCCGACUCCCGCGCGUACUACGAUCGCAGCUUGUGCGAGCAGCGCGAGCUGUCGAGGAAGAUUUACGCUGUGCGGGACGCGUACAACAGCGUGUUGACGCGGACACGAGACGACGAGGCACCAGCUCCGCGCGUCAUGACACUGGCGGAUAUGUGCGCCGCGGUGGCAGGACGGGGACUGGAGUAUCAGCCAGAGGACGGAGAUGAUGCUCUUGACUGGAACGAAGAGCGGGACGAGAUCUACGAGGCUAUUCCGCCACCCUACCGCCGAGCGGCUAUCCGCUCGCAAGCGCUGGAUAUCAUCCGUACGCAAUGCCCAUAUCACCCCACUCUGCUCUUUAUACUACUUGAAACGACCCUGGCCCACGGACUAGUCUGCGAGGCCCCAGACGUCCUUCGAUUGCUGCUCCAUCAAACUGUCAGGCCGAGGCGGGCAGGCCCUGCGUCACUCCUUCAUCCAGCGCAUACUUUGUUUCUGGUGGAUCUGCUACGGCGGUGGACAGCUCCCUCCGUCGGCCGAUCGCACGACAUGUUCGUUCACGCACUCUUGGACGUGAUGGACGAGGACACAGCGUCUGACGUGUGGACCUCAAGAGCAAUGGACAAGCUGGCGCGCGAGAUCUGGCGACCCUCCCUCUCCGCUUUCCUGGACCUCUCCGCCGGUCUGAUACACCACAUCUGCAAUCCCAAACACUUUGCCCGCGACGAUGCUAUUACACAAGCCCUGGAGACUCAACUGCACGGCUGGCUGCUGCUCGCGAAGCGCUACUGCUUCCGCAGAUCCACGACAUCCACCACCAUCCUCGGCGACGACAGCGACUACUGCACCGUCCGCGAGUUUCUGCGCCUCGUCCGCCCGAUGUUGCUGCACUGUCGGGCCGGCUCGACCGUCCCGCAGGACGUGCUCUGCCUCGCGAUGGAGUGGCUCGUCGCGCAGCACGCGCGCGCCUCCAAGUCCGACCUCGACGCCGUUUGCUCCCUCAUCCGGCGCAUCACACCCGCCCAGGACGCCUUCCAGCCCGUCAUCGCCAUGCCCUUCACCGACCGCGCCUUCGCGGACCUCCUCGGGCCCGUCGACUGGCUGCAGCGCGUCUCCGACGUGUUCAGCGCACGCGCAGAGGUCCUCUGGCGCCAUGGCCUCGUGCACGCGGAAGCGAUGCUCUGGGGCGGCGUCCUGCGCGAGGUCGAGCGGCCGUCGUCGGAGGGCGCGGCGGUGAAGCGGAGCAGCGGGGAGGAAGUGCAUCGGUGGCGUGAGCAGCUUGUUGCGCUUGCGGACGAGGCGGAGACGCGGUGUCGGGGCGGGAUGUCCAGGGACGAAUGGGCGAGGGAGAAUAUGGUGGACUGCUGGGACGACUCGCGCCCGGCGCGGAAGAGGGUGAAGCGGGUGCAUGUGAGCCAGCCAGCGGCGAAGGUGUCGCACGAAAAGCGGCCGAGCGUACAUUAUGGCGCCGACUCGCCUGCCCGGAGUCGAAGCCGGGGCAGGGAGAACAAGAAGGUGGUCCGCUUCCGGGCCUCGUCGGAUACGGAGGGCGAGGACGAAGACGACGAGGAGCCCCUGCCGACCCGCGACGAGCGGCUGGUCUGCACGCCACGGAGACGGUUCUCGUCGAUAUUGUCCUCAGCCUUGGUCAAUAUGACGACGGUACACACGCCUCAACCUCGAAAACCUGCUAGGGCGUCGCUGCCGGCGCGAAUACAGGGUUUGCAACCGAUGGAUCUCGUCUACGGAAAGAGUGCGAGCGAUCGUCGACACGAAAACCACCGUUGGAGUCCUAGCAUCAUGUCGUCGGACGACCUUGAUGUGUUUGGCGCGGACGUGCAGGAGGCGUUCGACGAGGAGGACCCGCUGGAAGAUGCGAGACCGGCACAUCCAUCUUCUGACGACCCACUGGAUAUGUUUAUGUACGCGACCUCACCCGUUCGGGGCCCUUGAUCCCUUGCUUCGUCCUUUGACUUUGCCUCAUUCGCUGUCAUCCUCCACUAUCACAAACACCUUCAUCGCAGUCCACUGAUAGCCAACUAUGCUUUCUCAUGUAAGUACUGUUAUUUGUUUUGUCCCCCCAUCUGAUGCACACCUGCAUCUGCGUUCUCCGUCCAUCGCCGCCGCAUCCCUAUCACCUACGUACCUAUUAUCUGCAUGCUUCGUUAUAUACCUUCUUCAUCCUGCAUAUCCAGGACUUCGCACCCUCACGUACGCGUCUCGCUCAUCCACACCAUAUCUUGUAUCAUAAUGUGCAUGUUUUUCUUGGGUUCUUGAAUGUUGCUCGAACGCGGCGUGGCAUGUU